AUGAAUGAACUGAUUGACCCAAGGUUACAGCCUUCAGUUCAACUUCUUGUAGAAAGGAACAAAAUAUUAACUGAGGAAAAUAAUGAAAUGCUCGAAAAAAUCCAUCAAUUAAUGACUGAAAACAGUUAUCUUAAAGUUUCUCAAAUAGAAAUCAAAAAACAAUGCGAAACUUACAUACAACAGCAAAGUCAAAUACUAGAACAACCUAAAAAUGAAAUGUCGCAGAAAAUUGUUAUUCUUGAAGACAAUAUAACGAAAUUAAAUAACUCUAUAUUACAACUUCAAAAAGAGAAGGCCGAAAAAGAUCAGGAAUGCAAAAGUUUAAUACAAAAAUCUGCUGAAACAAAAGAAAAUUUUGAAAAUCAAAUUAAAAAUUUAAAUGAAAAGAACGAAAGACUCAAAAAUCGCGUUAACACGCAAAAUAAGAAUAGCAAACAACUUGAGAAUAUUGUCGAAACUUUACAGAAAAAUAAUUCAAACUCAAAAAAGACAAUUGAAGACUUGCAGAAACAAAUUAAAGAUUUACAAGACAAUCUAAACGACAGAAAUAACCAAAUACAGCAACUCAAAUUAGAAAUUGAGAAACUUCAAAAGAACAAAAAUCAAUUAUCUCAAGAAAUUCAAGCGAUAAAGACAGAUUUAAACAAUACAAACCAAAAGUACAAAGAAGAAUGCAUGCAUAACGAUAAUCUAAAAGACAUUUUAGCUCAAUUACAAAAACAAAAUAAUACGUUAUCUCAAGAGAAAACAUUAAUUUUGAAUGAAAAAGCGCAAUUGACAACAGAUUUAUCUAGUUUACAAUCCAAAAUGGAUAUAAUUACAGCAGAUCGUUCAAAUCUUUUCAAAGAAAACACUAGACUUAAUCAAUCUACAUCGGCCAUGAACCAUACAAUCAGUGACCAGGAAAAUAAAAUUAAUUCACUCCAAGGAAUUGUUGACAAACAAAAUACAGAAAAUAAAAAUCUUAAAGCGGAAAAUUCCAAGUUAGCAAAUUAUAACGAGCAAUUAGAUAAUAAGAUCAAAGAAUUGACCCAAGAAAUAGCUAAUUUACAGAGUCAAAACAAUAAAAUGAACUCGAAAAAUAAUUCUUUGCAAAAUUCGAACCAAAAAUAUUCAGAAUUAGUCCAACUCAGCGAUAAAAAGAUUGCAGAGAUUACAAACGAGAACCAAACAUUGAACGAACAAAUAAAGUCAAUGGAUAAUAAAAAUCAGAAAUUAAUUGAUCAAAAUAACGAAAUUUCAGCAAAAUUAAGUGAAAUACAGACAGAUAGAGAUAAUUUAGCAGCACAAGUUUCAGAACUCGAUGAAGUAAUACAUCAACUAUCAUUAGAAAAAACAGAAUUAGAAAAUAACCUUAAACUUACAAAAAGUGACAACAAUGAAUUAAAUUCCAAGAUAUUAAAGAUCAAAGACAAACUGCAUACACGAGAAAUCGAGAAUACAGACAAUGAUAUGAAGAUACAGACAUUAACAAAAGAAAAUAAUUCCAUGACAGAAAAAAUUGAAAAAUUGAAAGAAAAAAUCAGUAUUUUAACAGUCCAAAACACAGAACUCAAUGCUAAAUUAAUGAAAAUGUCUAAUGAAAAUAUCCAGUUAUCAGAAAACCUGCAAGAAAUUAAAGAAAGCGCACAGCUUUUAUCAAAUCAAAACAAUGAUUUGGAAAACCAAAUAAAUAAUUUGUCAAAUGAAAAAGAAGAGUUUAAGAAGAAAUGUAUUUCACUUACAACAUCAAACAAGAGCUUGGAAGAUAGUCUGGAACGUCUUUCAAUAACAAAAGAAGAGACUGAACGAGUUAAACAAGAGUUAGAAGAGAAUCAUCAUAAUUUAUCAAAAUCAAAUGAAGAAAUUUUAGCUCAAGUUCAAAUUUUAGGUUAUGAAAAAGACGAAAUAACAAAGAAAUUAAAUGAUUUGAUUGAUAAACAAAACAAAGAUGAGAAAUGGCUAAAUACUUCACUUUCUAAUUUGAUUGAUUUAGUGAAAACUUUUGAAAAUGUUGGAGAAAUUUCUUCUCAAACAUCGCCAAAAGAAUCAUUCCAGAUUUUGAUUGAUUCUCUCCAGAAAAGUAAAAUAUAUUAUACAGAUACAAUAGAAAAACUUCAAGAAGAAGAUGAUGAAAUGAAACAAGAGAUUUCUAACUUGAAUAUGAAGAUAAGAGAAUUAGAAAUGAAAAUAAACAUCACAAAGAAUGAACUUGCAGCUGAAAAAGAUACAAACUCAAGGUUCAUUGAUGAAAGAAAAGAACUAACUGAUGCAAAUAAUGUUUUGAGAAAUGCUUUAACAAAAGUUAAGAAUUCAUUGAUAGAAAGUGAUGCAGAGAGAAAAUCAUUAAAAGAAGAAAAUGUUGCACUGAAAAUUAAAUUGGAUGAAUUUAACAAAGUUGAAUAA